UCCCCAUGUCACACUCGUCAGCGUCCCACUUCGUGUCCAGCCCGCCAUCUUAAAAGCGAACUGCGACCGCCUUCUUACUUUCUCUUAGCUCUCCUCGCUCAUCCAUCUCCUUCCUCCUGGCAUUUGCUGGGAGGAUUUGGUUGGGGACGCAAUGGCGUUCCUGGACCUAGUCUUGUCGUUCUCCUACGUCCAGAUAGGGGGAGCCCUUUUGGGCUUCCUGUUAUUGCAUUCUCUCUGGCUCGGAGUAUGGCGGCUGUACUUCAGUCCCAUCUCUCAUAUUCCCGGGCCAAAGCUUGCGGCUUUGACCUGGGCUUACGAAUUCUACUACGAUAUUGUUCUCGGAGGCCAGUACACCUUCAAGAUCAUCGAACUACACAAGAAAUAUGGACCCAUCAUUAGGAUUAACCCGGAAGAGGUCCACGUGGGAGACCCAGACUUCUAUCCCGUCCUGUACCUCGGAACGAAUCGUCGACUAGAGAAGUGGAGGUUCUUCACGAAACAGUUCGGUGCCGACGAGAGUGCCCUCGCCACCAUAGACCACGAUCUGCACAAACUCCGAAGGGCCGCCAUAAACCCUUUCUUCUCUAUGCAGAGUGUCAGGAAACUCCAGCCAGCGAUCGAGGAGCGAGUCGAUGCCUUGUUAGACAGGCUUCGCAACCUUCCACAGAAGCCCAUAAACUUGAUGUAUCCGUUCUCUGCAUUCACAAAUGAUGUGAUCAAUGAGUACGCCUUUGCCAAGAGCGAUCAUCUGAUCGAGGACCCAGAUUUCGGACAGGCCGUCACGGAUAACCUCCUUACGGGGACGCAUUAUGGUAAAUGGGUUCAGCACGUGGAGGUCAUUCUGAAAUUCAUCAAUGCUCUCCCGGAGAUCAUCUCGGCGAAUUUCGUCCCAGGCUGGAGCGGGUUCCUCAAGAUGAAGAAGGACAUCCUCCGUCAGAUCUCGGAUAUCAAAGCAACCGAAAACACCGCGAAGUGGGAGUUCGACGUCUCCCACCCAACCAUCUUCCACGAAAUGCUCUCGUCCAAGAUCCUCCCGCCGCAAGAAAAGACCAUCAAGAGACUCGGCCAGGAGGGCCAGAUCCUGGUGCAGGGCGGCACGCUGACCACCUCGUGGGUCCUCACCCUCUGCACCUUCCACCUGCUGAACCAGCCCGACACCCUCCGGCAGCUCCGCGACGAGCUCUUCAAGGCCAUCCCCGACCCACACGCCGUCGUGCCCCUGGCCGAGCUCGAGCAGUUGCCCCACCUCCGCGCCGUGAUCAAGGAAUCGCUCCGCCUCGGCUUCGGCACCAGCGGCCGCCUAGCGCGCGUGUGCCCCGACGAGACGCUGACGUACACCCACCACGCCGGCGAUGGCGACCAGAAGAAGAAAUACGCCAUCCCGCCGGGCACAGCCGUGUCGAUGACGACGUACAAGACGGUGACGGACCCAGACAUCUUCACGGACCCGUUCAGCUUCCGCCCGGGCCGCUGGCUCUCCGCCGCCGGCGACGAGGAGGAGCGCCUCGACAGGUACCUCACCGUCUUCGGGGCGGGCAGCCGGUCGUGCCUGGGCAUGGCGCUCGCGCAGGCGGAGCUGUUUCUGAUGGUGGCCAAGCUGUUCCGCGUCUGGGGGGGCCGGGGGGACGACGACGCGCGGCUGCCGGGGGACGUGGGCGUCGUCGGGGUGUUUGAGACUACCGUCCGGGACUGCGAGAUGGCGAGCGAUUACUUCAUCCCUAUCCCGUAUCAUGGGUCGAAGGGGGUCAGGGCGGUUUUUGAAGCUAAUCGGAACGAAUAGGGGGUGGGGGUGUGAUACGGAUGUUGGGUGGAGGGCAGUGGGCCUCGCCAGGAUGAGCUUGGGGGGAUAAGGUGAUGCUUAUCCAGCCCGCCUGACGCGGUUUUAUUCUCCUUUGUCG